AUGUUGUUCUCAACGAUUGAUGUGUUCCAACACUUCUUUCCACCUCUCUCACAGAUAUUCAUAUGUCUAUUCACAUUCCAGGUGGCCCAAUCGUCAGAUUCCUUCUUGGUGAUCAUUGAGAAUGUAUUGCGAACUACAUUUGGAGCAUUCAUCGGUUGCUUUGGAGCAUACAUCAUCUAUCAAAUGGCCGAUCAUAUCCUAUGGAUAACAAUCAUUCUUCACUUUAUAUUUAUAUUCAUAACCAGCAGUCUGACCAAAAGUACGAGCAAGUGGCUGCCCUUCCAACAAGCAAAGUUCUUGUUCCUCUCAUUGUUUGUCAUACUCUACUCCUUCGAACUACUUCAAAAGAACACAACCGUCUUCCUCAGGUACUUUGUCUGUUCAAUUGCCAUGCUAGUAUCUGUAUUCACAGCAUGCAUUAUAUUCAAUCCAUACUUCUCUUCAACACUGUUCAUGAGGUACAGUGGCAAGGUCAUUGCCAGGUCAAGGAAACUCUUUGAACUGGCCGGACAAGAGUUGAUCAACAGAUCAGACAACGUACUUGAGGCCGAGUGUGACAUUCGAAUACCAUCUACAAACAUGGCGACUGACCAAGAGUAUCGCGCGACCAUCAUCAAUCGAAUAAGGAAUCAGGCGACUAUGUCCAGGUACACUGUCAAGGAUCCAUUCUUUCCUCUGGAGACUGUGCCAGAGUAUCUACUUAAUACUUCCCAGGUCAUUACAAUCGAUGAGAGCAACAAGGUCAGUGUCGCACCUUCAGUUCCAGAGGCAUCCGCAGCAUCAAAGUACGUCCCCAACCCAAAGUUCUCAGAGGAUGUGAUCGCACUGGCAGUCAAAUACUCCAAAGGAUUGAAUACAUUGUACAAGUAUCUGGCAGAGGCCAAGAAGGAGGAGUGGACCGAGUCGAUCAUAUCCAAGCUGGAGGAGAUGGCAUUUCAACUGGACAGGAAUCACAAGAAAGUCUACGACAAUCAUGUUGAUUAUGGAAAAGAUGAUGAGGACGAGAUCAGACUACUUCUUCUCAUUCUACAAGAAACAGAGUGA